AUGGAAAACUCCUCGGCAGCGUCGGCCUCCUCUGAGGCUGGGAGCAGCCGCUCCCAGGAGAUUGAAGAGCUGGAGCGAUUCAUUGACAGCUAUGUGCUGGAGUACCAGGUUCAGGGGCUGCUGGCCGACAAGACGGAGGGAGAUGGUGAGAGUGAGAAGACGCAGUCCCACAUUUCCCAGUGGACGGCGGACUGCAGUGAGCAGCUGGAUGGCGGUUGUUCCUUCUCCCGAGGACGAGCACCCCCACAGCAGAAUGGCAGCAAAGACAACUCUCUAGACAUGCUGGGCACGGACAUCUGGGCAGCCAACACCUUCGACUCGUUCAGUGGUGCCACCUGGGACCUGCAGCCGGAAAAGCUGGACUUUACGCAGUUCCACAGGAAGGUCCGAUACACACCCAAGCAGCCCCUGCCACACAUCAACCGAGAAGGGUAUGGCAAAGGAAAGCUGGAAGAUGGAGAAGGAAUCAACCUGAAUGACAUCGAGAAGGUCCUCCCAGUCUGGCAGGGUUACCACCCAAUGCCGCACGAAGCAGAGAUUGCGCACACGAAGAAGUUGUUCCGGAGGAGGAGAAAUGACCGGAGACGGCAACAGAGACCUCCAGGAGGGAGCAAGCCCCAGCAGCAUGGCGACCACCCACCAGGCAGUGCCAAACACAACAGGGACCACCAGAAAUCCUACCAGGGGGGCUCGGCGCCCCACCCCUCAGGAAGGCCCACCCACCACGGCUACAGCCAGAACCGCCGCUGGCACCACAGCAACAUGAAGCACCAGCCUGGUGACAGGGGGGAGGCAGGCUCCCACCGCAAUGCCAAAGAGACCGUGACCAUCGAGGACGCGCUGGAGACCCCCCGCAGCCCUGAGGCCCCGACCCUGGGGGCUCCUGAACAGCUGACCUUACAUCAGCCAGGGGGGCCGGAGGCCGAGACAAAGCGCAAGGACAGUGUUAUUCCUGAGCGCAUCGGGGAGCGGCCCAAAAUCACCCUGCUCCAGUCGUCCAAAGACAGGCUGAGGCGAAGACUCAAAGAGAAGGUGCCCGAUGAAGUGACCGUGGAGACGAGUGGCCCUCAGCAGAACAAGAUGGACAAGCUGAUGGAGAUCCUCAACAGUGUGAGAAACAACAGUAGCGACGUGGACGCCAAGCUCUCCACCUUCAUGGAGGAGGCCCAGAACUCCACCAACUCCGAGGAGAUGCUGGGCGAGAUCGUGCGCACCAUCUACCAGAAGGCCGUGUCGGACCGCAGCUUCGCCUUCACGGCUGCCAAGCUCUGCGACAAGAUGGCACUCUUCAUGGUGGAGGGGACCAAGUUCCGGAGCCUUCUCCUCAACAUGCUUCAGGAGGACUUCACGGUGCGCGAGGAGCUGCAGCAGCAGGACGUGGAACGCUGGCUGGGCUUCAUCACGUUCCUGUGCGAGGUGUUCGGCACCAUGCGCAGCAGCACGGGCGAGCCCUUCCGCGUGCUGGUCUGCCCCAUCUACACCUGCCUCAGGGAGCUCUUGCAGUCUCAGGACGUGAAGGAAGAUGCUGUCCUUUGCUGCUCCAUGGAGCUGCAGAGCACAGGCCGGCUGCUGGAGGAACAGGUGCCCGAGAUGAUGAUGGAUCUCCUCACCAGCGCCCGUGACAAGAUGCUGUGCCCCUCAGAGUCCAUGCUGACCCGGUCGCUGCUCCUGGAGGUCAUUGAACUCCACGCCAACAGCUGGAACCCCUUGACACCCCCCAUCACGCAGUACUACAACAGAACCAUCCAGAAGCUGACAGCCUGA